GAAAAUUCCAAAAACGAUGACAAAUAUUUUUUAAAUGAAUUAAAAUCGAUACAGCAUUGUUUCUUAAGAUAUACUUGUCAUAUUAUUGAAACUUAUGGUUUUACAAAAGAUCCUAAAUUAGAGGAUUAUAUAAUAGUCAUGAAAUAUGCAUCAGAUGGUGAUUUACACAAGCAUUUACAAAAGAAUUUUACAAAUAUUACAUGGAAUAGUCAAAAACAACUUAUUUUAUGGCAAAUUUCAGAAGGACUUGAAACUAUACAUAAAAAGAAAUUUAUGCAUCGAGACUUCCAUAGUGGAAACGUAUUGUUUGACUCACAUAACAGUAAUUACGAUAAAAAUUAUCAAUGGAAAAUUGGAGAUCUAGGUUUAUCACAAGCCGUAAAUAAUAAAUCAUCAAAUAAUGAAAUAUACGGAGUAGUACCUUAUAUUGCACCAGAAAUCUUUAGAGGAUCUGGAUUUACUAAGGAAGCUGAUAUUUAUAGUUUGGGUAUGAUUAUGUGGGAAUUUACAACAGGUUGCAAACCUUUUGAUAAUGUUAAACAUGAUCAUAAACUUAUUUAUAAAAUUCUUGAUGGAGAAAGACCUAAAAUUACAGAAGAUACACCAGAAUGUUAUGCUAAUUUAAUGAAAAGUUGUUGGGACCCUGAUCCCAAAAAAAGACCUUCUAUAAAAGAAAUUCGUUUAACCUUUGGUGGUUGGGCAUUUAGAAAAAAAAAUGAAGCAGAAUUUAUUCAAGCUGAAGCAAAAAGAAAGAAACUGAUAGAAUCAAAGAAGAUUGGACCUGAAUUUGCUGAAAAACGACAUCCAGAAGCCAUUUAUACGAGUAGGCCAUUAAGUGCUUUAAUUUCUAAAUGUUCAUCCAUCAAUUCAUCUUCAACAAUUUCAUCUGGUAAUAGGCAAGGUAUUACUAAAAAAGGUUAA